AUUCGCCGAUUCGAGUGUGACGUUAGGAGGCAAGCAAUUCAAGUAUUCAACGACCCCCAGUUCUUAAGGCCGAAAAAAAAAAGAAAAAGAAAACCCCAGUUCCAAAAAAAAAUCCAACUCCCACGUCUCUUUCUUUGGGCCAAUAAUACUCUUUCUUCCUUUCAUUGGGAUCUUUCCCAAAGCAAACAAAAAGCGCAAAAGCCUUUCGUCAGCUUUCUUUGUUCUUACCAUUUCUCCUCUCCCGGAAAUUUUGAGCACCAUGUCAGUGGCAACUUCGCCUCACACUAAUUUUCUCCAAAACCCUAAUUGCCUCCUCAGGAACCACAUCACGCAAAACAACGUUUUUCCUGUUACCUUCAUACGCACCAUCAAGAAUACCCCGAUUAGACCUGUUUCGAUCAAAUGCGCAUCCCCAACUGCCACCCAAAUCCAGGAUCGUUUCCCGGGUCAGACCCAAUCCCAAGAUCUUUUCAACUUCGCCGCCGGACCUGCGACGCUGCCGGAGAACGUGCUCCUGAGAGCUCAAUCGGAGCUCUACAACUGGCGCGGAUGCGGCAUGAGCGUGAUGGAGAUGAGCCACAGAGGUAAGGAGUUUCUGUCCAUAAUCCAGAAGGCCGAAGCAGAUCUGCGUGCCCUAUUGGAGAUUCCAUCGGAAUACGCCGUUUUGUUCUUGCAAGGCGGCGCCACUACCCAGUUUGCCGCGGUGCCAUUGAACCUCUGUAAGCAGGACGAUGCGGUGGAUUAUGUGGUCACUGGGUCGUGGGGCGACAAGGCUUUCAAGGAGGCCCAGAAGUACUGCAAACCCAAUGUGAUUUGGUCUGGCAAACCUGAGAAGUACACGAAGAUUCCAUCUUUUGAUGGGUUGGAGCAGAACCAGCAGGCAAGGUAUUUGCAUAUAUGUGCGAAUGAGACAAUUCAUGGGGUGGAGUUCAAGGAUUACCCCACCCCGAAGAAUCCAAAUGGUAUUUUGGUUGCAGAUAUGUCUUCUAAUUUCUGUUCAAAGCCAGUGGAUGUGUCCAAAUUUGGUGUGAUCUAUGCUGGAGCACAGAAGAAUGUAGGGCCAUCCGGUGUGACUAUUGUGAUAAUCAGGAAAGAUCUGAUAGGGAAUGCUCAGGAUGUGACUCCUGUGAUGCUUGAUUUCAAGAUACAAGCUGAGAACAACUCGUUGUACAAUACCCCUCCUUGUUUUUGCAUUUACAUGUGUGGGUUGGUCUUUGAGGACCUGUUGGAUCAAGGGGGUCUGAAGGAGGUUGAGAAGAAGAACAAGAAGAAAGCUGAAAUUCUGUACAAUGCCAUUGAUGCUAGCAAUGGAUUCUACAGAUGCCCGGUUGAGAAGUCUGUGAGGUCGUUGAUGAAUGUUCCAUUUACGCUGGAGAAAUCAGAAUUAGAGGCAGAUUUUAUUAAGGAGGCAGCCAAGGAGAAGAUGGUUCAGCUUAAGGGGCACAGGUCGGUGGGUGGUAUGAGGGCUUCUAUAUACAAUGCCAUGCCUUUGGCUGGGGUUGAGAAGUUGGUGGCUUUCAUGAAGGAUUUCCAGGCGAGGCAUGCAUAGGCUGCCAUUUCUUCUCAGUAUGUUUUGUCAGACUCUUUGGCUGAUGUCUUCUUUUACCUCUUUAGUGUCAUCUUCAUUAGUAGGUUUAUUGUCUUUUCCCCAUUUUCUGGGAUGAUUUGAAUUUUGGCGUCGAGGAAAUCGUGGUAGGUGUGGUUGGGUCAUUAGCUGGCUAUAUAUCCUCUACCAAAGGUAUGUUUGGCGGAUGUAAGAUCAAAUGUAUUCAGCUCAAUAA